AUGGCCACCGAAGGCACCGAACUGGCCACGGCAACGGCGCCGGCCGCCCAAACCUCGUCCUCCGCCGCCUCAGAGCUCCCCGUGGUUAACAUCGGUACGCGGCGAUCCGCGCUGGCGCGGGUGCAAACGGACCUUGUGGAGGCGAUGCUGAAGGAGGCGUGGCCGGACAGGAAGUACGCCAUCCAUGCCAUGGCGACCAUGGGCGACAAGAACCAGACGACGGCGCUGCACAAUUUCGGGGCCAAAGCCCUGUGGACACACGAGCUGGAGGCGCUGCUGGCGAAGGGGGAGCUGGAUAUGAUUGUGCAUUGCUUAAAAGACAUGCCCACCCAGCUACCGCCCGGCAUGUCCCUUGGCGCCAUCCUCCCGCGCGAGGACCCGCGCGACGCCUUCGUCCUCAAGGCCUCGCUGGCGGCCGACCCGGCGACGGCCUCCAAGUACGCGAGCGUCGGCUCGCUGCCGGCCGGCUCCGUGAUUGGCACGUCGUCGGUGCGGCGGUCAGCGCAGCUGAAGCGGCUGUACCCGCACCUGCGCUUCGCCGACGUGCGCGGCAACGUCGGCACGCGGCUGGCCAAGCUCGACAGCACCGACCCGAACGAGGUGCAGUACACGGCGCUGAUCCUGGCGGCGGCGGGCCUGAAGCGGCUGGGCCUCGACGACCGCAUCACGGCGCUGCUGAGCAAGAAGGAGGGCGGCAUGCUGUACGCCGUGGGCCAGGGCGCGCUGACCAUCGAGGUGCGCACCGACGACUCCAGGACCAUAGACCUGCUCGCGCGCGUCGGCUGCGAGCGCACCGCCCGCGCCUGCCUCGCCGAGCGCAGCCUCAUGCGCACCCUCGAGGGCGGCUGCAGCGUGCCCAUCGGCGUCGAGACCGAGUGGGUCGCCGACGACGGGGACGACCUCGUCAUGCGCGCCAUCGUCGCCAGCCUCGACGGCACCGAGGCCGCGGAGGUCGAACUGACGGCCAAGAUCGACACCAGGGAAGCCGCCGACGAGUUUGGUAGGACCGUCGCCGCGGCGCUGGUCGAGAAGGGCGCCGCCGCCAUCUUAGAGAAGAUCAACCUGAACAGGACUAUCAUCGCGAAGCAGGGUGAUGCAUAG